AUGACACCCCAGAAAAGCGUACGCUUUGAUGUAGAGUACCAUGAAGAUCUGUGCGAUGUAGAAAUUGGGGAUGUAGACACAAGGAAAGGCGUAGGACGUGUUGGAAGAAAGCAUGCAUCCAUUUUAAUAACACCCCCCCAAAUGAACUGCAUCUACUCGUGCAGAUGUAACGAUUCGCUUGGCAAUCACGACAGAGAGAAUUUCUUUGAAGGAAAGGAGCACCUCUCCAUCCUGCGAAUCGGUAAAGAAGUUAAAAAGGAUUUGAUGAGAAAUAACUAUGCGAUGAGAAGUGCAGAGUUCGGCAAGGUAGAUAACAGAAGGUGUAAAAAGGUCAUUAGUGAGAAGGGCUUCCCGGGUAUCGAUGAGGAUAGCAGCGAACGUGUUAGAUUCUGCGAGGUGUGCCUCCAUGCCUGUAACAUUGCAGAAUACAGAGCCCUCGGUAGAUCUAAGGACGCAGAGGAAUAUCUCCAUGGUGGACGUCUUACCCGAAAGGGCAUGAGGGUACCCACCCACGAGGGUAACAGCCUGACACAUCAACACAGAAAAGGUAGCAGUGGUAGUUGCCUAGGAGGGAGUGCCAUAUUGAAGUACCUGAAAAAAGGGAAAAAGAAGAAGAAAAAAAAAAGGAAAAUAAAGGAAAAGUCAAAGGGAAAUAUCACUCUUCGGGUUGGUAAAGCAUCCAAAAUAGCAACACUUUUGCAUAAAAAAAAUGUGCAUCGGGGGAGUGAUAAAAAUUUGAACAAUGGCAAUGGGGUGGCUCCCUCCACAGGAGAAGAAAAAAAUGAAAAUGUGAUAGAAUUAUCAAAGGGGAAGGUAGUCAACGGUUUAGAAGGGGCAAUCAGGACCAGCAGCUAUGGGAAAGAAAACACACCUAAGAUGAAGCCGCUGCUGAGCUGCAAAAAGGGGAGAAAAGUCUUUAGGUCCCAUUUAAAGCUACACAGACUGAAAUGCCGUAGUAUGAAGAUAAUAGAAAAAUUAAAAGACGCGAUGAUAAAGGAAAAUAUAGCUUACAACAAGAGAGGGAUGACUCGCAAGGGGGGUCACGACGACGGGAGUUCUCUAUCCAUCAGGGGGGAGGAAGUGAACCCUGACGAUAAAGGUGAUAAUGAUGAGGGUGAUAUUGAUAAUGACAAGGGUGAUGUUGAUUAUGACAAGGGUGAUGUUGAUUAUGACAAGGGUGAUCUUGAUAAUGAUCGUAGUCAUGGAAAUUGGGACAGAGUGGGAAGGGGCAUAUUUGCCAAACGAACAAAAGGUACCUGUCUGAAUGAAGCAGAUUAUUUAGUAUACAAAUUUAGGAGGACACUAAGGAGGUAUGUGAAAAAAUAUAUUCAUAAAAAAAUUAUCAUUUUGGAGAAUUUCCAUCAGAUGAAAAGAAACAUAGCGAAAGAGAAAAUGGUACACACCUUUAUCCUUCCAUCCAUGUCAGAUCGUGCUCAUAAAAACGUUUAUAAUUAUAGCAGUUAUGUAGAUAAAUAUGUGAGAAAAUUUUUCCACUCCUAUUUUGUCACGCUAGUUAAUCAAUUUUUUAAUUAUUACUUUUUUCACUAUAAGAAGAAAUAUGUAAAAAAUUACGUUGGUAGUUUUGGGGCAAAUUCCUCACCGUCCAAUGGGAGAGAAGAUACCUCGAAGGAGGUUAAGAACAUGACGGAGGGAAGAAACUCUUUGCGUGUUUCCUCCCUUCCCAGCGUAAAUCUCAAUCCAAAUGAUGGACAUGGCAAUGUUGCAAGGGAUCCCUACUCUAGUUUAAGAAACAACUGCUGUAAUGGAGAAUCGUCGGUUCUGGAGUCCGAGGGGGGGAGUAACACAUCUGAAAGAGCCUUGAAUAGGCUGCAUGUCGAUCGUUUCGAGAAGGAGAAAAACGUCCGUGUUAGUGCAAAUCCUAAGAGGAGUAACUCUCCUUGUGGUGAGUUGAAGCUUGGAGCAGCAAAUGACCCGCGGGAGAGGGGCGGAGAGCGGACCGAGGGACGCGUCUGCGGCAGCAACGACGCAAAUGGGAGUAGCGGCGAGAGUGGCAGCGGGAGUGGGAGUGGCAGUGGGAAUAGUAGUGGAAACAGCAGGGACAGCCACAGCGACAACCGAAGCGGGAGCAGCGGCGGAGAUAGCGGCAGCAAGGAAAAUGGAGGCAGCAAGGAAAAUGGAGGUAGCAACGAAAAUGGAGGCAGCAACGAAAACGGAGGCAGCAACGAAAACGGAGGCAGCAACGAAAACGGAGGCAGCAACGAAAACGGAGGCAGCAACGAAAACGACGGCAACAGCGAGGACAACAAUGAGGACCACAACGAGGACAACAAUGACGACAGUGGAAAUGAUAGCAGCAACGAAAGCAGCAACGACAGCAGUAAGGACAAAGGCAAGGAGAAAGACACAAAGGGUAACAACCGAGGGGGGGAUGCACACCCGGACGAACCAAAGGAGAAAAGCAGCGUGAAUACACUCGAUAAUGAACACGAAAAUUAUUACAAGCUAAUUAGAGAAAUUGAGUUUUUGGAAAACAAUGAAAAUGCGAAAGAGAGCACCUCGGUGAAGAAAAAGGAUUCGAUAGAUACAGUUCCAGGUGGGGAUGAACAACAGGCGAGGUCGGCAGGAGUUGAUAAUUGCCAAAUCAAAAUAGACUCAGGAGCAAUGGAGAAGGAAGAGGAUACGACCAUGAAAUUGGAACGAAGUGGGGAAGACAAUCAAUUAUUAAACCUAAAUCAAAUGAUAAUUCACACCAACAGUUAUGUUAGUCAUCCGUUGAAAUUGCCCCUUUUACCAGAGAUGAGUCACCCUAAUUCGUAUUCAUCUCUUUCCCCUCGCAACAACACCUGUGGGAGUAGCAGUAGUAGCAGCAGCAGCGGAAGUAGCGGCAGUGGUGGUAGCGGCAGCAGUAGCAGUAGCGGUAACAGCAGCACGAAUAGUAGUGGGAGCUGUAAUAACCAGGGAGGAGGAAAAAACAACACGAAUCAACUAAAUGAUCCUGAUUUUGAAGAAGCAUGUGACAUUAGGCUAAUGAACACUCCGGAAAAUAUGAAAUUUUCGCAGUCUCCUCCUACAAGCUCCCUACAUGCAUCGUCCUUACAUCUAACCGAUGUGAAUGAAUUAGUCCUUUCUCCAAAUCAGCAGAUAUAUUCGAAUAGCCCAUUAAAGUCUCCCAAUACAACGCCCUUAACCCCUGCGUCUCCCAUUUUUGAUUCCAACUAUAAUGAAGAGAACAUGGAAAAGGUGAACUCCAAUUAUUUUGUUUCUUCCCCGUACAGAAAUGACAUUUUUUCAGAAUUCGAUAUGCUGGGAUCAUUUUUUGAAUCACUCGAUGAAUUGGAAAAUAAAAGUGAUUACACGGAGAGUAGCAGUAAUGAGAACUCCAAAUUUAGUCACGAUUUUUCGCUAGAUAUGUGUGGUCAGAAAAAGGGGAAAAAGGGAAACAUACAAAAGGAUGAAGUCAUUUAUAACUUUAAGAGGGACAAUUACAAGAAGGUGUUCCAUGCAUGGUGCAAUAAAGGAAAACACGAAUUGAACUACGACAAUAAGAAGUUCAACUCCAUUAUGGAGUGGAUAAAUUAUAUAGAAGAUUUCAUGUCCCAUGAAGGGCAAAAUGAUAACAAGGGUGACGACGAGGAAGAGCGACAGGCGCAUCGGGAGCAGCAGAUGGGAGAGCAGUUGGGAGAGCAGUUGGAAGUAGAGCUGGGAGCAGAGCUGGGAGAACAGCUGGAGGAGGAACAGUGCGGCCUCCUUCGCGAGAUGGAGCAUGAACUGGAACACGAACACGAACAUGAACGGGAGCAGGAGGAUAUGAUCAAAAUUGGCAUGAACCCCAACUUUUUUAACGAGGAAAAUGUCUACCAGGUCAGUAACAGCGCAUUCCGCACUCAUGAGUACAUGUCCAUGGGGAAGGAAAACGAAGGGGGCAGCGGGGUGGACUACGCGGCUAACAGCGGGGUGGACUAUGCGGCUAACAGUGGGGUGGACUACCUGGUGAGCAGAGGAGUUGAUUACAUGGUUAGCAGCAUGGCCGACUAUGCCGUCAGCGGAGGCGGGGGGACCGACUGUGGUAAUGGCCAAGGAGAGUAUUACAAAGACAGUGGAGAUAACAGCGCCCUGAAAGAAGAGAACAAAUGUGACAAUUUCUUAGCUAGCCAAAAUGUGAAUGUGAUGAUGAGCAACCCCGAACAGUGCAACAGUUCCUUCGUAGCAGAUAAUUUAAAUGCGUACCAGGGAGAUGAGAGAGGAGGAGGAAUGAGCAGCCCGCAUAGUCACGGUGCUCUUCUCUCCUCGUCAUUAAUAAAGCCAAGUUAUGAUACCAAUCCGUGCAUCAGUAAUUUCGGGGGGGAACAGAAUUUGCUAUCCGAGUACAACAACGCGGAGGAUAACAUCACCUACUGUAAUAAUGACACCCGGCAGGAGGCGCUCGGCGAUUAUUUUCUCCCCUCAACGUUGAACGGCGCGCAGAUUCAGAGCGGCUCCUGUGGUGUGGGCAGCAGUGGCUUUGUGUGGGACAAUGGCGCAAGUGGGGCCGAGGGAAACGGUGCAGGGAACAUCGCCGCAAACGUAGCAAACGUGGCAAACGUGGCAAACGUGGCAAACGUAGAAAACGCUGCGGAGAAUCACCACGCCCACGUGCGCCAACCCCUCGGCACGGAGAGCACCCUUUUGGGCAUGGACGAUGCAGAAAACGUUGGGGCGCAGAAUGAAAAGGACCCGGCUGACAAUAGCACGCCUUCGUCCAACUGUGCUGAUGUCCCAGAUCCAUGGAUGGCUCAGUGA